AUGCAUUGUUAUUUACUAAAUAAAUGUACUGAACAUGAAGAUCCAACCAACAAUAUUGUGUAUGGACCAUCUACCCAAAAGGUUGAAGGUUGGUGGCGAGAAUUGCAUCAUAGGAUGGAGUUAUAUUUUAAAGAACAAUUACACCAGCUCCUAGAAAGUGGCUCCUAUGAUCCUGAAAAUGAAGUUGACAGGAAACUUCUAUCAUUUGUUUUUAUUCCUGUAAUUCAGAAAGAGUUUGACAUCUUUCGUCAAACAGUUUGGAAUAACCACAGAGGAAGAAAAAAUAGAAACAAAGAUCUGCCUUGUGGAAUUCCAGAACACAUUUAUUUAUACCCAGAACAAUAUGUAGGACAGAAUGUGUCAUAUUGA